AACUCUCGCUUUUUCUCACGUUCCCUAGAAAAUUCAACCUGCUAGCUUUCACCAGUCCGAGACAAUCUUAUAAUUUGAAGAUCGUUGAUUUCAUAUUCAACAAUCUCCUGGUUUCUUUGGUCAUCAAUCCGGAUCCAUCAAGAAGAGUAGGUGAUAAUCUCUGAUAUUCCAAGUUCCAAUGGCGGAAAUGACUAACAGUGACCCUCUUCCACCAGCAACUUCACAUACGCUUCAGGCUCUUGAAGCCUUUCUGGAUACCCCACCACUUCCUUGUGUGUUCCGCUGUAUCUUUUGCCAUAAUUUCAUUGCUCAGGGCCAUAACUAUAUUCAGGAUCUUUAUCCAUUUUCCACGGCUCAGCUCCUCUUUGAUAACGUUACUGGUGUGAAUCUUAGGGAACGAGACUAUCCAACUCUUGAUGCAUAUGUAGGUGAAGCUCCUGCAGGGAGUCAUGUGGAUGAGGUUGCCAUCUACUGUAUUUCAUGUGGAAAAUGGCUUGGGUGGAGAAUAAUUCGGCUGCAUGCUUACCACCCUGUAAUCCGUGAAGGCCAAUUUGUACUCGCAUGUGGUGGUGGUCUAGGCAUAGAGGUUGUAUUUCAGAUGUAAAGUUUUCUAUACAUUUCUAUUCAGUGUAAAUGUUUUGAUGUCGAUGACUGUGAAUGUAAUAGCAAUUGUUACUACUACUUGCUGAAAUAUAUAGUGUUGCCUCCUUUAUAUUAAUCCCCUUGACAAGUGUGAGUAACAA